AUUAGGCUUAGUUUCGCUGGUCGGUGGAGGAUAGGGUCAUGUGACUUCCGAAUCAGGCAGCGAUGCGUGAUUGGACAGGAAAGAGUCAUCGCGAUGCGGAUAAAGUCCCCUUGACUACGAUUCCUACACCAUAGACAGGAAGACAUUGGGCUGGAAGGGGAAGCAGCUGUGACAAUGGCGUGUUUAUUCUAGGCAGAUUAUAUUUGCCCUCCCCCUGCCCUGAAAGGCUGAUCCACUCUUGCCAACCCAAACUCCCCCCCCUUCGAAAGAACCGCAGGGGACAGGAUGAUUGAACUCGGUCUUUCCCGCAUUGCUCGGUUGGUCCAAUCCUCUCCCCUGCCAUGGAAAGCCAUCCACAUCGCCGGCACUAACGGCAAAGGCUCCAUCACGAGCUACCUCUCCGCCCUCCUCGCCGCAGCCGGCGUGCGCUGCGGCUCCUUUUCCUCCCCCCACCUCAUUGACCGCUGGGACUGUAUAACCAUCAACGACCGCGUGGUCCGCGAAUCCGUCUUCCGCCAGAUAGAAGACAAGGUCAAAUUCCGCAACCAGUCGCUGGGCAUUGGCGCGACGGAGUUCGAGCUGCUGACUGCUACUGCGUUUGAGAUCUUCACGCUCGAAAAUGUUGACGUUGGGAUCGUCGAGGUGGGCAUGGGCGGCCGCCUGGAUGCGACAAACGUCUUAAACGACAGCAAUGUUCUGGUGUCUAUCAUUGCGAAGAUCGGCUAUGACCACCAAGCUAUUCUGGGGGAUACAAUCGAGAAGAUCACGCGGGAAAAGGCGGGCAUUAUGAAACCGGGCGUUCCCUGCGUCGUUGACGGGACAAACGAUCCAGCUGUCCGAUCCGUCCUUGAGGAAGUCGCGCGGGAAACACAGACACCACUUGCCUUCACCCAGCCAGAAGCCGUCACGCAAGAAUUUCCCGAGCUUGGUAAGAUAUUCGAGCGCCUGAACGUCGAAUUACACCAGCAGGCAAAUAUCGCCUGCGCAGUCACAGCUCUAGGGCAGAAGAACUUUUUACCUCCAUCUCUACCAUUACCAAGCCUAUUCCAACACAUCCCCAAGACCCCACGAGCAGGUCGCCUGCAUGAAGUCUCACUCAAACCUCUAAUUGCCCGCAAGCAACCUGUUCUCCUCGAUGGCGCGCAUAACCCGCAAUCCGCCCACGUCCUCUGUUCAUACGUAGACCGCAACCUUCGAAAACAACCAUGUACUAGGGGGAAUGCUCAUGGUAGUAAUCAUAAUGUUACAUGGGUAAUCGCCGCAUCCCAAGGCAAGGACACUCAGGAAUUAUUCAGCUGCAUGCUCAAGCCUGGUGAUAACGUUGCUGUUGUUGAGUUUGGGCCUGUGGAUGGGAUGCCGUGGGUGAGGAGCGUGGAGAGCGCGGAGCUGCUCUCUGUAGUACGCAGUGGCAGAGUGAGCAUGCCUAACAUAGCACGUUCGGAGGGUUUUGGUGGUAACAUAGUGUCUGCGUUGACGUGGGCUGAUGAAAUCUCGAAAUCGAGUGGUUGUGGUAGAAGUGGCGAAAGUGGGCCGAUGGUAGUUGCUGGUAGUCUAUACCUGGUAUCUGAUGUUCUGCGGCUUCUUCGAGAGGCGAAUAAUAACAAUAUAGAUGUGCUGGAAACAUCGUAACGCAACCGUGUAUGUGAACUCGAAGGUCUAAUCCAGCCAAGCGGAGUAGACACGAGUGGGGAUCGGGGCGUUUUUGGGAUGGUACAACUUUUUUUAAAAAUGUACAUUUUCAAGGGGAACAAAAGUGACUGGUCUGGAUACACAAUUUUAUAAUUUUAUUUAGCUAUUGUACAGAGUAUAUGAUUCUAUGUUAUCAGGAUUUGGGUAAGGCCAUUGUUGUCGUUUUCGUCGAGAUGGGGCUCACUUAUCGAUGGCUUGGCCGGGUAUGGCAUGGCCCAGAGCAAAUGCUGGCUAUCAAUCAGUAGGGCUGAGGCUGAAUACAAGUGACCAGGGUUGGCUGCUUCGGUGUAUGCUGUAUUUUUAACUUAUCGCGUUCUCCAUAGCAUAGCGUCAUCGUUACGCCGAGAAAAGUACGCUUCGGCGGGAAAUUAGGGGCAGGGCCAUAUCAGUCCGAGAAAGGGGAAUAAUGAGGUUGAACUUGGAAAGCUUGCUCCCAGUAUUUAGAUUUAGAGCACAUACGCCCGUCAAUUCGAAAAAAAAUAAAAAUAAAAUAAA